UGAAGGUUUCCUCAUUACCACAACAACGUGAUGUUCUCGUUUGUGCUGGUGGCAGAAUGCUAAUAGUCUCUAGUAGCUACUGGUGCAAUCUGAUUCCAAGGCCAUCUCGCAUCUUCGAUCUCAAAGUAAAAUAUCAUCAUCAUGUCGGGAGCUCUGUUUCCCAGUCUGGUGUCGGGGUCCCGCGGCUCCUCUAGCAAAUUCCUGGUUGAGUUUCGGGCCGGGAAGAUGACCAUGAAGGGUAGCACGGUGACUCCAGACAAGCGCAAGGGACAAGUCUAUGUUCAGCAAACCGACGACUCCCUCAUUCAUUUCUGUUGGAAGGAUCGGACCUCUGGAAACGUGGACGAUGACCUGAUCAUCUUCCCAGAUGAUUGUGAGUUCAAGAGAGUGAACCAGUGCACAACUGGUCGGGUGUUUGUGCUGAAGUUCAAGGCUGGCUCCAAGAGGCUGUUCUUCUGGAUGCAGGAGCCCAAAACUGAAAAGGAUGAGGAGUACUGUCGUAAAGUGAAUGAGUAUCUGAACAACCCUCCCAUGCCUGGGGCCCUUGGCAGUGGAGGCAACAGUGGGCAUGAACUGUCUGCUCUGGGGGGUGAGGGUGGACUGCAGAGUCUGCUCGGUAACAUGAGUCACAACCAGCUCAUGCAGCUCAUUGGACCAACUGGACUAGGUGGUCUUGGAGGUCUUGGGGCCCUGGCUGGACCAGGCCUGGCCAGUCUGCUCAGUAGUGGAGGCCCUGCAGCCGGCAACUCCUCUUCAAGUCCAUCCCAAUCUCCUGCUGUCACCCCCACCUCUACCUCUGCUGCCACCCGGCUGGGCUCCUCCCAGGUGCCAACCACACCCAUCACCCCGUCUGCCACCAGUGCAGCGUCACCCAUGGCCUCACCCACCAUCCCGGUUGCCCCCUCCAUCGCAGCCGGGGCAGCCAGCCCCACCCAGCCCAUCCAGCUGAGUGACCUGCAGAGUAUCCUUGCAACCAUGAACGUACCUGCGGCUGGGCAGGGAGUGGACCUGGCCAGUGUUGUGACCCCUGAGAUCAUGGCUCCUAUUCUGGCCAAUGCUGAGGUCCAGGAGAGGCUGCUGCCCUUUCUGCCGACAGGAGAGUCCCUGCCUCAGAGCACCGACGAGCUCCACAACACACUCACCUCUCCACAGUUUCAGCAGGCCAUGAGUCUGUUCAGCAGCGCCCUGGCGUCGGGGCAGUUGGGGCCUUUAAUGAACCAGUUUGGUCUGCCAACAGAAGCUGUGGACGCAGCUAACAAAGGAGACGUUGAGGCUUUUGCUAAAGCCAUGGAGACAGACAGCAAGUCUGACCAUGAGGAUGACGCCAAAGACAAAAAGGAUGAAGAUAUGAGUUUGGAUUAGGACCCUCUGUUAGUUCUGUUUAACUUAAUGUAUUUUAUUUAAAUGAUUUACUGGUUGUGGUGAUCUUGUUCAGAGCACUGAAGCUGUGGACCAUUUACCUCUGUACAUGUACUCAGAAUAGAGAUAUUUAAAAAAAGAAAAGGGCAUGUAAGACAGCCAAGGUUCUAUUCAAUCUCUCAUGCUUCAGCGACACAUCGAAUAGAGCUCCUAACCUCUCCUGUUCAAUUAUGACAAAUUAUUUAUGUACAUCCUCAGAGCUUGAUUCAACACAACAUGAAAUGUUUUCCCUGAUAUGUUGCGAACCAGAUUACUGCGGCUGGUUAGGACUGGUAGACCAGUGACAGCUGCAUGUGCCAAUCUGUGACCUGUAGCUUCCUGACAAAUAAAAUAAAAACUCCAGUCACAUGGUCAGAAAAAAA